GUUACUUUGUUGUUUUCAAAAUUAAAAGAUCAAGUACCCACCAAACAAGCUUAGGAUCAGAAGCUCAGAACAUGGGGCAGAGUGGGAAUGAAUAAUCAUCAUAACUUUCUUUCGUGACACUUUCCAGUUUUACACUGUACACAGCUCCCUAAGUUUUUCUUUUAUCCAGUUAAGGUACACGUACUGAUAUAAUCAUUUUCUAUAUAUGUGAUGAAUUUGUGCCUUUCUUCCCUUUUCUCUUUGUAGUAAGCCACACAGUAAAGAGUUGUUCAAAUUUUCGGCCUUUAUUAAUUACUUACCUCACCUAGCUACAUCCCUCGCUCUAUCUGAUCUGUGAAGAAAAGGGUAUUUUCAAAAAGCUCAAAAUUUCACCCAUCCUUGAAAAUGGAAGAGAACUUUGUGGUCAGAAGAGGAAAGGCCACAGAAAAUGCAGAGUUCCAGGAAGAGGAGGUAAUUUGGGCCUAUUCCAAGGAUGGGGAUAGGGAUAGGGAUAGGGAUUCCUCAUCAUCAAGAGUGAAGAAGAUGAAUACGAAGAUGGGGAAACCUUCUCCAUCUUCUUCUUCUUCAUCUUCUGCAUGGCCUUUACCAAGAAGGCUGACACAGAGGAAGAACUGCAGGGUAGAUGAUCAUAAGUCAACAUCUCCUGUGAAAAUCCCAGACUGGUCCUCAGAGAUUUACCAGGAGGGAAAUGAAGAAGAUGAAGGGAUGGUCCCACCACAUGAAUACAUAGCUAGGAGGCUUGCAAGGACUCAAAUUGCCUCUUUCUCAAUGUGUGAAGGUAUUGGAAGGACCCUGAAAGGAAGAGAUCUUAGCAAAGUGAGGAAUGCCAUCUUGACCAAAACUGGUUUUUUGGAAGGGUAGAUUCACAUUUACUGCUCCAAGUAAAUCCAUGGGCGGGUACGGUGCAGAGUGACGUCAUUAUCUUCUAGAUGGCCUGGUUUUUUUAAUUUGUUAUUGUUAUUACUUGGGCAGCUGUUCUGUAGUACGUCUGAUGUCACUGGGGCAGCUAGGUAGGUGUUUUUGGUCAUGCUUGUAGGUGACCGAGUUUUCCAGUUUUGGAGAUUUUUAAUCUUGUUUUUUGAAAGUUGAGAGAGGAAUGAGCUUUAAUCCAAUUGCAGUGUUAUUUUACAUAUCCUAGUGAUAAUACUCUACUUACUUAUUAAUAAAGUAAUUGGUAUUGAGUACAAUUUAUCAAUUAUCUAAUUGCUAUUAAGUAC